CUCAGUUAAACUCACCCUUAGUGGUUUACCUCUCUUAUGAUGAUAAUCACACGCCACCUCUUCUGUCUGUCACUCUUUUUCUCUUCCUUAUUUCUUCUUCUCUGCUCUCUACUUGUGUCUCUGUCUCCUAUAGCACUCUCCCACUAUCUGCUUGUAUCAUUUCAUGAAAGAAAGAGAGAGCAAAACAGAAGCAGAGAGAAGGUUUGCGAGGGUAGUGUUAUCAGGAAGCCAGUGGGAGAGGGAGAGAAAGAGAGAGGAGGGAGAUAAGAGGGGGGAUGCCAUGUUUUGAGCACAGGCAACUGGCUGCUAAGACAAAAAAGAAAGAGUGAGAGAGGAGAGAAACGGCCGGCAAGACACAAGAUGGCUACAGUCUCUUCUGAUUUAAACGCUGUAGAGGGACCUUGUCUACCCAUGCGGCGCCUGUUAUUGCUGGGCUUCCAAGGCUCUGGUAAAACCUCAACAUUGAAUACCAUCUUGAGUCAAGAGAAAACCCCAUCUGACCAUUCCCAAACAGAGCAACAUCAGCACUGUGUAGAAAUACUCAAAUGGAGACUGUUAGUCAUUGACACCCCUGGAUGGCAACUGAAAACUGGAGAUACAACUAAUGAGAGGCGCUCAGAGAACCAGCAAUUCAUCACUGAUCAAUGCGCUCCUGGUCCCCAUGCAGUUUUGCUGGUGGUUCCCAUUGGAACCCAGUUCACUGAGCACCACUGGCAAGUAUUGUGGUGUUGGGUCAGGGCUCUGGGAGCAGGAAUAUGGAGGCACACCAUGGUUUUGUUCACCUGUUCGGACCAGUUGCCGCAGGACAAGGGAGUGGAGGAAUUUAUUGUGGAUGGAGGGGCGGCGCUGCAGAGGUUGGUGGAAAGGUGUGGCUGUAGAUACCACACCUGGGAUAACACCUGCUCGGACAAUGGCACUCAGGUUGCCGAGCUACUGCAGAAAGUGGAGGAAAUAAUGCAUGAAAAUCAGGGCUCGUUCUUUGAAAUGGAGAAGCCAAACCUGAUGUUCGAGGAUGAAGAGAUUCAGGAGGAAAGAGAAGAUGAUGGAGUCACAGAAGUGGAGGGGACACCAGCAAUGUUUAGAUCUCCACCAAGAGAGUUACGAUUGCUGUUAGUUGGCUGGCGUGGAGCUGGUAAGAGCUCAGCAGGUAAUGUUCUAUUGGGCUGUUGUGUAUUUGAAUCAGGACACCCCACUAAGGUGUCUGUCCGCCGCCAAGCAUUUAUAGCAGGUCGACGGCUCACGAUUGUCGACACACCAGGUUGGGAUUGGUUUUCUGUCCAACGUACUCCCAGCAUUGUACGAAAAGAAAUCAGACAAGGGGCGGGGCUUCUUCAUCCGGGCCCACACGCACUCUUAUUGGUAAUCCCUGUGGUCUCCACUCUCACUCCCAAAAAGAGACAAGCCCUCAAGAGCCAUUUGGAAAUGUUUAGCGAGGAGGCGUGUCUACACACACUGGUUCUGUUCUCAUGUGGUGAUUGGCUGGAUGGCACAUCAAUCGAGGAUCAUAUCCAACAGAAUGGAGGUGAGCUGUUGAAACUGAUGAAACAUUGCUGGAACUGUUAUCAUGUGCUGGACUGUACCAAGGCCAACCAGGACAGGACACAGGUGACUGAACUCUUGCAGAAAAUAGAGGAGAUGGUGGCAGAGAAUGGACAGAAACCUUUCUUACCUGUCAAACUGAACCAAGAACUAGACGAGGAGGAAACGAGUGGAAGAUGCAUUAUGCAGUGAAGAACGAGGCACUCUUAUGUGCACGUCUAGAGCUUAAAAAAGAUGUACUGAGAAGAAAGUGAAAAUUACUGAUUCUUGUGAAUUCUGAAAAAGCUAAAAAGAAAUGUAUUUUCAUUCAACUGAUUAUUACACAUAAGGUUAUUCAUACAGUUUGUGUUUAAUCUUAAUCAUAAGAAUGCAACAGGGAGAUUUCACUGCUUUUGAACUCCAUGGAAAACAUGUUAUACCUUAUGUUUACAUUCAGUACGGAAGUGCAACCUAAACUUCUGGCUUCUCAAGCAAUGUAAAAGGGUUAGCCACUGGACUUCUGUGAGUUUAACAUUAGGAACCAUCACAUUUGCUAGAAGUAUAACAUGCAGAAAAUUGUAUUGAUGCUGAAUAUUUGCUAGGAUUAUGGUUUGACAACACACAGACCAACUGACCAAAAUUAUUCUAUCCAUUUACAAGGUGUACUAGAGGACUCUUGUACUAUACAGUAUUUAUAGGACCUACAUAACCCAGAUUCAAUCCGGUGGUCUUGAUAACAUAUUGACUAUUUACUGUAUUUCAUGCACAUUAAAUUGAAUGUUAGAAUGUAGUAUUAAUAUUUAGUGCUCAAAGCAAUAUUAUACACAGUAUAUGCUGUGGGUGCACUGGAAUUAAGUGCACCUGAAAAAGAGCUGUAUUUUGGGGCAUAUGAUUGUUUUUACAGGCAAAAGACUGUACUGAAUGUGCCUUGAAUAUUUGUUUUUAAUUUAAUAUAACCAUAACCAAUAAGGAGAGCAUAUCAAAACUCAUUAUCUUAUGCUAAAGCAGCAUUUAGGGGCAUGGCUGCACUACUCUUAGAACAAUAUGCACCUGCCCACAUAUAUUUAGUGCAAUAUAUGGCAAUAUACUAUGAAAAGUGCUUGGGCAUCCAUCUCAGUAUUAAAAUGUGACUUUUGACUGGUAAUAUAUACUAGAAGUUAAAUUAUUUUCACCUCAUAUUUUCAUAUUAAUAAUGGUUAAUUGUACUGUGAAAUAUGUGCAUUGGCAAUGUAUGAAGUCAAUUGGGAUUUGGUUUGGUCUUUCUCAUAAACAUGUAUUGACGAAUAGAGUGGUGUGUUUUAAAAUAUAACACAAAUCCUUGUAAUUGAAUGCUUUCUAAAUGUAUUGACAAAAUUAAGAAAAAUGUUACUUUUUGUGCGGAAGAUUAAACAUUUUAUGUGAUUGUCAUUUUUAAAUCUUCUUGGGAGGAUUUAAGCAAAUAACUUAAAAAAAUAGCAUCCAACUUUUUAUUUGACUUACAAAAAAAAAAAAAAAAGUGUUCAUUUUUAAAUGUAAAUUGUUAUGCAUAAAUCCACUCCUCUAUUUGGUUGAUUCAAUUUAUGUUGCAUCUUUGAGAACAAAAACAUGUCAAGAAUACUUUGAUUUUUAACCUCUAAAUUGUUUCCCUCUAUCCUUUUUUUUUUUUUUUUGCAUCAUACUUCAAGUAUGCAGAUUAUUCUUUGCAUUAACAAAAUAAAGUUAAUAAUGAUUGUGAUUUUUGACGCAGUUAUUCUUGGUCAUGCAUUAUAAUUUCUACUAACUUGCUUUGUCAUUUUGCAGACUAAUUUUGUCCAAUCAACAAGUGUAGUAACAACAUCCUGUCUGUUCAUGCGUUUAGACUUGUAGUCCUAAAUUUUUGCUGCAUCUUCAGCACUUUUAUGACCUCAGUCUGCCCGUUAACUCAUUCAGAACAUUUGUAAUAAACUAUUUUAUGCAAUAAAAUAAUGUCAACUUUUCUGCCAGAAGACAGACAUUCAAACAGGUGUUUUUUUGUUUUAAAAAGGUUCAUUUGCUCAUGUAAAAUUCAAGCUACAUAAUAUGCCCAUAGCAUGACAGAA